AUGAACGUUAAUUCGCAGCUGCACCAACAGCAGGUUUUUGCUCAAACUCCUCAUAACCAGUUCCAACAGCCAUUACAGUCUGCACCACUACCACAACAACAACAACAACAACAACAACAACAACAGCCAUUUCAACGGCAAGCAAUUAAUUCACUAGCAGGAAAUAACAGUGGAGUCCAACAUCAAAGACCAAACAGAACUCCUGCACAACAAUUUAUGAGACAGCCAAAUGGAAAUUCCGCUCAGCAAAUGGAAAUAGGCAAUGAAAGCGUUCCUAAUACAUCCAGGCCAGGAUUGCAACGAAACUCAAACUUCAACGGAAGUACUGUUAGUGUACAAUCUGUCCCCACGAAUACACAGAACCUACAACCAAAUGGCAAUAUAGUUAAUGGGAGGCCGGUACCGUUAUCAAGAACCAUGUCGCAACAAGCGACCGUACAAACAAAUUCUGGUAACGACUCGCAAGGACACACGCCAGCAGUGGGAAAUUCACAAUCCCCACUUUCCAGCCAAGGAAACCAGAAAUCACUGGCGAACGACCCCACCUCCAGUCAUGCAUUGAACCAGCAAGGGCACCAAGGAGGUAUUAAACAAGCACCCGGUGGCAUAAUCUUUCAACAACCAGGACUGCAGAUACCCGUUCCACCUUCAUUCAAUAUGGGUUUCGUUGAUGGGAAUGCUGCUUUUAUACCGGCUUCGCGAAAUAAAUUCCCACCUGGUCAGAACCAGCAGCAGCCAAUAUUGACCCCAGCAGAGCAAAUACAGCAAGAAUUUAAUGCGCGUAUAAUCAAAAGAAAUUUGGGAAAUGCUGCAGCCAUGCGUGUUCUAGACUUGAUUGAUUUUUUGAGCAAUGAAGCACAUGAUAAUUUAAGGAAUGUUGAGUUUUGGCAAAGAAUCACGCCAGCUUAUUUCUUAUCUAAUUCAACAUUGAGGUUGAAUUUUUCCAAGUCUAUAACAAGCGAAAUCGAUAAGUCAUUGAGUGAAGUGACUGGUUUAAAUUUUAGUUUUUUGAAAUUGGCUGGCAAAGGAAUCAAUGAUUCAAAUUUAGCUAACCAUUUUGAACUAAAUACAAACACAGCACCUCGGUUUUUUUCCAGCUGUGUUUUACAAUCUGAAUUUUCAAGGUUUUCCAUUUUUCUACCUGGGAUGAAAUUUCAAGUUUUAAAUAAUGGAUCGAUCAUAAUCGUUUCAAAGCUUGAAAUCGAUUUGAUUUAUAAAGACGAUUCCACUUCCAAACUAAAUGGAAAUGUUAAAAUCCUAAUGAGUCGAGACUUGCGAAUUGAAUGGAUAGAUGUAAACUGCCUCACUUACGAAAGCUUAAUCAAUUUGAACUCUUUGAACAAACUGCCGCUGAAGAGUAAAUCUGCAAAUGAUGUCUACUACAAUUCCAAAACGAUACAAAAUGUGUCUACAUUUGGAUUGGGUAAAAUUAACACUAGGAAUUUGCAACUUGCCGACAUCUUGACUCAUAUGAAACAUUUAAUGGAUUUUAGUCAAUUGAAUAAUAUCAAGUCCCCCCAAAGAGCCCUAGAGCUCCUUCUCACCACGCCUCAAGCAACGAUACCGGCAAAUUUCCAAAUGGCUAGAGGAGCAUUCCCUAAUGGUUUUGGUGUACCAUCUCAAAGUCAACCAAUGCAAUUCCAAGGUCCGCCACCAGUUGCGGCAACGGCACAAAAACACCUUCAACAAUCAUCAAUGCAGAGCCAAUCCCCACUACCGCAACUGCAACUAAAUCAACAACUACCUCGAAGUAUGAACCAAGAGGCGCAGAAACUGAAUGCAUCGAGUAAUUCAUCGGCACAAAAAGAGGCUAAUAUUUCAUCUCCCUCACCAAAGACAGUCACUGAAGAGGAGCCUAGAAAAAGAAGAAAAGCUAGUAUCGGAAGUAUCGCGUUGAACGCAGAAAUUAAUAAGAAGAGAAAAUGA